GAAGAAGAAUUUAAAUGGCUUUUACAAGAAGAGGUCCAUGCUGUUUUGAAACAGCUGCAGGAUAUUUUGACGGAGGCCUCUCACCGCUUUGUUCUGCCUGCCAGCAGCUCGGGAGGAGCCGUCAAGCAGGAGAACUUUGUGCUGAGCACAGCGGGCACAGACCAGGUGAAAGGUGUGUUGACUCUGCAGGGAGACGCUCUGUGCCAAGCUGACGUUAAUCUGAAAAUGCCCAGAAGUAAUCAGCUCCUGCACUUUGCAUUUCGGGAAGACAAGCAGUGGAAAUUGCAGCAGAUCCAGGAUGCUAGAAACCAUGUUAACCAAGCCAUUUACCUGCUUAUGAACAGAGAUGUAAACUACCAGUUCAAAACAGGCUCGGAGGUUCUAAAGCUUAUGGAUGCUGUGAUGUUACAGCUCUCAAGAGCCCGAAAUCGACUUACCACUCCGGCCACUCUAACUCUACCAGAGAUUGCCUCCAGUGGUCUCACAAAAAUGUUCACCCCUGCUCUGCCUCCAGACAUCCUUGUGAAUUUCUAUAUCAACCUGAACAAGCUGUGCCUGACUGUCUACCAACUCCAUGUGCUGCAGCCCAGCACAACCAAGAACUUCAAGCCUGCUGGAGGGUCCAUUUUACACAACCCUGGAGCCAUGUUUGAGUUUGGCAACCAACGGUAUGAAGUCAGCCAUGUCCAUAAAGUGGAAUGUGUUGUCCCGUGGUUGAAUGAUGCCCUUGUCUUCUUCACAGUUUCGCUGCAGCUUUGCCAGCAACUGAAGGACAAGAUCUCUGUUUUCUCCAGUUACUGGAACUACAGGCCACAUUAAUUCUCUGUUGAGUGUCCAAGCCCUUACAGCACUUCCAGUGUCUCCCUGUUUGUUUUCAACAUGCCAGCUGAGUCCAGGUCAGCCUGAGGAGUGCUGUGGCCCUCCAUUGGGUAGGGUCAGUGUAUCCAGAGGCACAGCUUCAGUAGCCUUGUCUGGGACUGCUGCAUAGCAGGGCACCGAGCAAUGCUGUGUGGCUGGUGAGAGCUUCCACCCGUCUUUGUUCUCAUGUGUGUUGUAUGGCU